UUCUCCUAGGCGCGGCGAUGUCGUGACAUGUGAUCGGCGUCGCCCUCUCUUGGCGAUACGCAACAAGCAACGAAUACUUGUAGACACUCAGUCCACCCGGCUAAACCACCGUCGCUAGAUCACUGGAGGCGGAUAGUUGGGCCACACCGAGCCUGUUCUCAUCACACCAGCCCACCUGAACUGUGCACCAGUGCACAUGGCAACCCUCCAGUCUGCCCGAGGUGGUCACACAGCCGCCUCCAGUGCCAUCAGCCAUGCCUCGCGCGCCCUGACGUCACCCGCUGGCCCUGGCACACGGCGGGGUCUCCGAGCCAACCACUGCCACCAGGAGAAGCCCAGCAGAGAUGGGAUCAGCCCACGGGCUAGAACCAUGAUGAGAUACACAGCCUGCCUAGUGCUAGUGAUGUUGGUGCUCGCUGUGACGGAGGUGCACUCUAUCGCCUGUCCCGCGAACUACUGCAGCUCUGUGACAUGCAGCACAGAUCUGAAGUGCAGCAGCAAUCAGCUCUUGAAACCCAACAGCACUACAUGUGGCUGCUGUUCAUCCUGUGUUACUCAGCUAGUUGAAGGAGAAUACUGCAUCCCAGUUGGUGGUCUAGGCUAUCCUUCCGGUUAUGAAUGUGGAAGCAACUUGAACUGCAACUACACUUUGGGUUACUGCGUCAAGAACUCGGCUUAGUACAUUGUUGUCAAUAAUGUAUAAGUGGAUUAAGACUAAGUAAAAAUUAUGAAAUAAAUAUAAUUUCAUAGAAAAUGUAAA